CGCGGUCUAUUGAACUGGUUCAAUUUGGACCGAAACAACUCUAAUCAACAUCCGCGCAACUGUUGCAGGCUAACAUUGAAAGAAGUGCAACGCGUAGCGUCUAAUUAAAAUUAAUUUUGAUAAUUGAUUGAUUUGGCCGCAGCCAAGUCCGAGAAAUUGCCAAAUUGGCGGACAAAAUAGGCGCCUUUUUGCCGCCCUCGUCUCCCUUUGAGUGACGCACGUCGGUGUUCACCGUGCCUUGUUAUUGUUGUUGUAGCAUUUGCUUUUGCUACGUUCGACGUUCCGACGAAAAAAAGUGUGUUUGUAUUUGUAUACGUAUACAUAUCAGUGUGUGUUUCGCGUGUGUGUGUGCGCGCGCUUGCCAGUGUGUGUGUGUGAAAAGGUAUCGUAAAAAUGUACAACAAAUGAAAAGUCGAAAACAUUGAACAAGCCCCAUAGAUUUUCGUUGCUGCCUCCAUCGGCCCAGGCCAGAAGACUAUGUGCCUGUGCCGUGCUUGUUCCUGUGUCAGUGCCAGUGCCCUUGCCCGUGCCCCGUGCCAAAGCCAAAGCCAGUUCCCGUGCAACUGUUGCAUGCUGAAUCGCGCCGCGCAGCAUUGAGCCAAGCCGAACCGAGAACCAAGGCCAAUACCCAUCCAAGUCACCACGCACCGAUACCACCGGAGCCCCCACUAGGAGGACUUUGUUUAAUCCUGAUCUUACCUCUGGAACUGUGCUGCGCACCUGAAGCACUGAAGCAAAACUUACAAAAUUUACUAAAUUAAGACCCAACGAACUAGGCUAAGUGCUUGCACACUCUAACACGCACCUGGGAACGCCGUGAGCUCGCGGUGACCCCGCCAGUGUGUCGUCCGUAUGUGGCGUUGGCGGUACUCCAGCAAAAGAACCCAGCACCGCCGAAUCCCAAUUCCCAAGUGGAUGUGGUUUGACAGCAGUGAACAAACAAACAGUAAGCGACGCUCGUGACCUCAUCGUCAGUAACGGCAACGAUCAACAGCGGCAGCUUAAAGCGUGCCCCCCCCACUACCUACUCACUCACACUCCCACAAAUACUGAUCCUCCUGCUGUUGUGAGACCCUCAAAAAAAGGGCAACGAGAGCGGCUCGUCGGCGGGACUAUACAGGAGCACAGCAACGGCUGUAUGCUUGGUGGUGACCACAACAACGACGGCAACUAUCCAACUGGGACGUUCUAGCCAUGGAUGUGGAAAGGCGGCGUCGAGCGAACACGCUCGAGCGCGAGAUGCGCGAUCCGACCAGCAUUUGCAAUGUGGACUGCCUGCUGGAUACGGUAUCGGCCCUGGUCAGCGACUGCGACCACGACACCCUCAAGCGGCUGAAAAACAUCGAACAGUAUGCUGCCAAAUAUAAACCCCUGGCGCAGAGGAUCAAUCAGCUGCGCAUGAAUGUCGAGGACUUCGACUUCAUUAAGCUAAUCGGCGCCGGGGCCUUUGGAGAGGUGCAACUGGUGCGGCACAAGUCCUCCAGCCAGGUGUACGCCAUGAAGCGGCUGUCCAAAUUCGAGAUGAUGAAGCGCCCGGACUCGGCCUUCUUCUGGGAGGAGCGUCACAUUAUGGCCCAUGCCAACUCCGAGUGGAUUGUCCAACUGCAUUUUGCAUUUCAGGACUCCAAAUACCUGUACAUGGUGAUGGACUUUAUGCCCGGCGGUGACAUCGUCUCGCUGAUGGGGGACUACGAUAUACCCGAGAAGUGGGCCAUUUUCUACACAAUGGAGGUGGUGCUGGCCCUGGACACCAUUCACAACAUGGGCUUUGUGCACCGUGACGUGAAGCCGGACAACAUGCUGCUCGACAAUUACGGGCAUCUGAAGCUCGCCGAUUUCGGCACCUGUAUGCGCAUGGGCGCCAACGGCCAGGUGGUGUCCAGCAAUGCGGUCGGCACGCCGGACUACAUCAGUCCGGAGGUGCUGCAGUCGCAGGGUGUCGACAAUGAGUAUGGUCGGGAGUGCGACUGGUGGUCGGUGGGGAUCUUCCUCUACGAGAUGCUCUUCGGGGAGACGCCCUUCUACGCGGACUCACUGGUGGGCACCUACGGCAAGAUCAUGGACCACAAGAACUCGCUCAGCUUCCCCCAGGAGGUGGAGAUCAGCGAACAGGCCAAGGCCCUGAUCCGGGCAUUCCUCACAGAUCGGACGCAGCGUCUGGGCCGCUACGGCAUCGAUGAUAUCAAGGCGCAUCCGUUCUUCAGAAACGACACCUGGUCCUUUGACAAUAUCAGGGAGAGUGUGCCGCCGGUUGUGCCGGAGCUAACCUCGGACGACGAUACGCGCAACUUUGAGGACAUCGAGAGGGACGAAAAGCCCGAGGAGGUGUUCCCCGUACCGAAGGGCUUUGAUGGCAAUCACCUGCCCUUCAUCGGCUUCACCUACACGGGCGACUACCAGCUGCUGUCCAGCGACACCGUCGACGCCGAGGCCAAGGAGCCCAAUUCGGUGAACAGCAACACCAGCAACAACCAUGCCCACGGCCAUGGGCACAACCAUCGCCAUCGUACCUCCAACUCCAACGAGCUGAAGCGGCUCGAGGCACUGCUCGAGAGGGAGCGCGGCCGAGCCGAUGCUCUGGAGAAGCAGGAAACCAGCCUGCGGCACAAGAUCGAGCUGAGCGGCAAGCGUGAGGUCGAACUGCAGCGCAUUGCGGCCGAGUACGAGAAGGAUCUGGCGCAGCGAAAGAACAACUACAAGGUGGCCAUGCAGAAGGUGGAGCAGGAGAUCGAGCUGCGCAAGAAGACGGAGGCCCUGCUGGUGGAGACGCAGCGCAAUCUGGAGAACGAGCAGAAGACGCGCACACGCGAUCUCAACAUCAGCGAGAAGGUCGUCUCGCUGGAGAAGCAGCUGCAGGAGAUGGAGCACAGCUACAAGAGCGAGACGGAGAACACGCAGAAGCUGAAGAAGCAGAACGCGGAGCUCGGCUUCACACUGAAGACGCAGGAGGAGAAGGUGCGCGACAUGGUCGACAUGAUCGACACACUGCAGAAGCACAAGGAGGAGCUGGGCCAGGAGAAUGCCGAUCUGCAGGCGCAGGUGGUGCAGGAGAAGAACAUGCGCUCCCAGCUGAAGGAGCUGCAUAAGGAGACGGAGAACAAGAUGCAGACCCUCACCAAUGACAUUGAGCGCACCUUGGUCCGCGAGCAGAAGGCCAAAGAGGAUAACCGCGCGCUGCUGGAGAGGAUCAGUGAGCUGGAGAAGAGCCAUGCAAGUCUCGACUUUGAGCUGAAGGCGGCCCAGGGUCGCUACCAGCAGGAGGUCAAGGCCCACCAAGAGACUGAAAAGUCGCGACUGGUCUCUCGCGAGGAGGCCAAUCUGCAGGAGGUCAAGGCCCUGCAGUCCAAGCUGAACGAGGAGAAGUCCGCCCGGAUCAAGGCGGACCAGAACUGGCAGGAGAAGGAGCGCCAGCUGAACAUGCUCUCCGUGGACUACCGCCAGAUCCAGCUGCGGCUGCAGAAGCUGGAGGGCGAGUGCCGCCAGGAGUCGGAGAAGGUGGCCGCCCUCCAGUCGCAGCUGGACCAGGAGCACAGCAAGCGAAACGCCCUGCUCUCGGAGCUCAGUCUGCUCAGCUCGGAGGUGGCGCAUCUGCGCUCCCGCGAGAAUCAGCUGCAGAAGGAGCUUUCCACGCAGCGCGAGGCCAAGCGACGCUUCGAGGAGGACCUGUCGCAGCUGAAGGGCACCCACCACGAGGCCCUGGCCAACAAUCGGGAGCUGCAGGAGCAGCUGGAUGCCGAGCUGUGCUUCUCCCGGCUGUACAAGACGCAGGCCAACGAGAAUCGGGAGGAGAGCGCCGAGCGUUUGGCCAAGAUCGAGGAUCUGGAGGAGGAACGCGUCUCGCUCAAGCACCAAGUGCAAGUGGCCGUCGCUCGGGCUGACUCGGAGGCCCUGGCCCGCUCGAUAGCCGAGGAAACGGUGGCCGAUCUCGAGAAGGAGAAGACCAUCAAGGAGCUGGAACUGAAGGACUUCAUCAUGAAGCACCGCAACGAGAUCAAUGCAAAGGAGGCGACGCUCGCCACCCUCAAGGAGGCGGAGACAGAGCUGCACAAGAAGCUCGGCCAGAAGGCCAACGAGUACGAGGAUCUCGUCCAGCAGCACAAGAAGCAGCAGGACGAGCUGGGCCAGCUGCGCGCCACCAAGGACGAGGAGAUCACCAAGCUGCUGGAUAAAUGCAAGACCGAGGUGUUGCUCAAGCAGGUGGCCGUCAACAAGCUGGCCGAGGUGAUGAACCGACGCGACUCGGACUUGCAGAAGCAAAAGGGCAAGGCCCGGUCCACGGCCGAGCUGCGCAAGAAGGAGAAGGAGAUGCGCCGCCUGCAGCAGGAGCUGUCCCAGGAGCGUGACAAAUUCAAUCAGCUGCUGCUGAAGCACCAGGACCUGCAGCAGCUGUGCGCCGAGGAGCAGCAGCACAAGCAGAAGAUGGUCAUGGAGAUCGACUGCAAGGCCACCGAGAUUGAGCAUCUCCAGAGCAAGCUGAACGAGACGGCCUCGCUCUCAUCCGCCGACAACGAUCCCGAGGACAGUCAGCACUCCUCUCUGCUCUCCCUCACACAGGACUCGGUCUUCGAGGGCUGGCUGAGUGUGCCAAACAAGCAGAACCGUCGGCGCGGCCACGGCUGGAAGCGCCAGUAUGUGAUUGUCUCCUCGCGCAAGAUCAUCUUCUACAACUCGGACAUCGACAAGCACAACACGACGGACGCUGUGCUCAUACUGGAUCUGAGCAAGGUAUACCACGUGCGCAGCGUCACCCAGGGCGAUGUCAUACGCGCCGAUGCCAAAGAGAUUCCGCGCAUCUUUCAGCUGCUGUAUGCCGGCGAGGGCGCCUCUCAUCGUCCGGACGAGCAGAGCCAGCUGGAUGUGAGCGUGCUGCAUGGCAACAGCAACGAGGAGCGUCCCGGCACCAUCAUCCACAAGGGUCAUGAAUUUGUGCACAUCACCUACCACAUGCCCACAGCGUGCGAGGUGUGCCCGAAGCCAUUGUGGCACAUGUUCAAGCCGCCGGCGGCUUACGAAUGCAAGAGAUGCCGCAACAAGAUACACAAGGAGCAUGUGGACAAGCAUGAUCCGCUGGCGCCCUGCAAGCUCAAUCAUGAUCCGCGCUGUGCCCGCGAUAUGCUGCUGCUGGCCUCCACGCCCGAGGAGCAAUCGCUGUGGGUGGCCCGUCUGCUGAAGCGUAUCCAAAAGAGUGGAUACAAGGCGAAUUCGUCAAACAACAACAGCACCGAUGGCAGCAAGAUAUCGCCCAGCCAAUCGACCCGCUCCUCCUACAAGCCGUUUGUUGCGAACGUGCAGCGCUCCGCCACGCUACCAGCCAACUCAUCGCUGAAAUGAGCCCAGCAAAGACCAGGACACAGGCCAGCUAGAGGCAAGAGAGUCUCCA